GUGCCCCGGUGGAGCUGCUGCUUUAGCCACCUUCCCAUUUCCGGUCAGCUCCCUGAGCGUUAAACAACUGGCAGCUCCGGCUCGGGUUUCCGUUGAGGGGGCCGCGGUGCGGGCCCCUGGGGCGGGAUGUUCCGUGGGCUAGGUAUUUGGUUUGGCUUGCCGCAGCCGGAGGCAAAAGACGAGCAGGCCCAGAGACGCGAGCAAUCCACGGGAGACGCUUCCAAGCAGACCCCGGAAUCGGAGAAGGAGGCGGAGUCCGCCGAGCUGGAGCAGCCUCUAGACGGAGAACAGGAGCUCCUCCAGCAGGCCAAAGGCCUUGGCAAUUAUCUGUUUAACUUCGCAAGUGCUGCUACAAAGAAGAUAACUGAAUCAGUUGCUGAAACAGCACAGACAAUAAAGAAAUCUGUAGAAGAAGGAAAAAUAGAUGACAUCAUUGAUAAGACAAUUAUAGGAGAUUUUCAGAAGGAACAAAAAAAGUUUGUUGAGGAACAACAUACAAAGAAGUCUGAAGCAGCUGUGCCCCCAUGGGUUGACACUAAUGAUGAAGAAACAAUUCAACAACAAAUCUUAGCAUUAUCUGCUGAUAAGAGGAAUUUCCUUCGUGACCCACCAGCUGGUGUGCAGUUUAAUUUUGAGUUUGAUCAGAUGUAUCCAACUGCCUUGGUCAUGCUGCAAGAGGAUGAGCUGCUAAGCAAGAUGAGAUUUGCCCUCGUUCCUAAAUUGGUGAAGGAAGAAGUGUUUUGGAGAAACUACUUUUACCGUGUCUCCUUGAUUAAGCAGUCAGCACAGUUGACCGCCCUGGCUGCCCAGCAGCAGGCCUCUGGAAAGGAAGAGAAAGGCAAUGGCAGUGAGGAUGGUUUGCCCCUGACAGAGGCAGUACGGCCCAAAACGCCACCUGUCGUAAUCAAAUCUCAGCUUAAAUCUCAAGAGGAUGAGGAGGAAAUUUCUACUAGCCCUGGGGUUUCAGAAUUUGUCAGUGAUGCCUUUGGUGCUUGCAACCUAAAUCAGGAAGAUUUAAGAAAAGAAAUGGAGCAGCUUGUACUUGACAAAAAGGAAGAGGAGACAGCUGUACUAGACGAAGAUUCUGCUGAUUGGGAAAAGGAGCUACAACAAGAACUUCAGGAGUAUGAAGUGGUGGCAGAGUCUGAGAAGCGGGAUGAAAGCUGGGAUAAAGAAAUUGAGAAGAUGCUCGAAGAGGAAAAUUAGAUAGCUCUGGAAAUAAAAGAGUCUUAAACAUUGUGCAAACUUACAUUAAAUUCUAAAUGUUGGCAUUCACCGAAUCAAAAGACACAAGAGUAUAACUGUAUAUGAUUCAAAAUUAUUCUUUUUUUUCAAGCUAAAAUUUACCUCUUCUGCUUUCAUUAAAAGUAUAUAUACAACAAUUAUUCUAAUAGUCAAGAAAAGGGUUGUAACAUUUGUUCAGAUAAAUUGAAUUAUAGUUGUUCUUAUAGCUAAUAUAGACAUCUUUGCACCAGAGCUUCAAGUAAAAUUUUAGAAUUUUGUUUUGAUGAAGUCAAAAAUAUAAUUUAUUCUUCAGUCAUGCUUUUCUAAAUAUGUGUAGCAUCUUUGCACUUCUGUUAUACAUGAAUGUUUUAAGUACUUACCUAAUGGAUUAAUUACUAUCAGAGUGACCAAAUUGUACCAAAGAACUGAAGCGGAAGCACUUUCAGAACUAUUUUCUUGCUAGGUGUUUUCUAAAAUUCUAUCUAAAGACCAAAAGGUAAAAUAUUAA